AUGCUCACCGUGCCACUGACGUUUCCCCUUGACUAUCUCUACCCGGGAGAGACGUCACACAAUGCUGCAUCAGUAACCAAGCUCAUGCAUCGGCUGAUGCAGCUGGCAAAUACCCCCAUUACAGAGGAAAACAAAACGUUUCUUCUAGAAUGCGCUAAGGACAUGCAGGCACACAGCGUAGCAUAUAGAGUAGCACCUCACAUAGAAUACCUCAACUUCCUAACGCGGCACGUCCCCAAGACCUCAGAGCAGACAGAGAUCUUGGAGAUUUUCUCUUCUUUAUACUUGGCUCAAAGGCGCAUUGGGGACCACAUAAAUAUUCCGCAGCACUUUCACAAGGAAGACCCCGCCCUGUCUCAGGCUACGAAGGAUGCGAUAUCUAACUUGUGUAAGACAGCUGAUGGCCUCGCGAUAAUGCUUGCUAAGACACCGGAGAUGCAGCAAAGGAUUGCUGACCUGGAGAGGCUUGGGAAAAACACCUGCAAGGAGAGCAUACUGGCGGAGAUGGAGUGUCAAAAGGCAAUCCUGGAGUCUGUUGCACAAGCGAAAGCAGCCUUGAACGAGGCCUUCGAAAGCCUUCGUGCCGAGUACCGAACAAAAAAAGAUGAGCUAAUGGUUGCGUAUAAAGAGAAGCUUGACAAUGUGGUCAGCGGACAGCGGGCCUUGUUUAUGGAUGCUCAGGAUGUCCAGGACACCGCAGAGUCUGAGAACAAUGAAACAGAUGAGUGUGGAGCUGAAGAUCCUUCUGUGGAUGCAUAG